GACAGCGGCUGUGGGGCAGCCGGGGAGCAUGCCCGUGUAGCCCUGCUGAAUGGCGCCUUCAGUACGACCCCUCGCCCGGCCGCGGCCGCCGGGGAUGCCGUUCCGCGCGCUCCUGUUCCUGCUGCUCCUCGGCCCCUUUCCAGGAGUGUGGUGCAUUAGCGAACUGUUUUUUAUAAAAGAACCACAGGAUGUAACUGUCACAAGAAAGGACCCAGUCAUUUUAGAUUGCCAGGCUCAUGGAGAAGUUCCUAUUAAGGUCACAUGGUUGAAAAAUGGAGCAAAAGUAUCUGAAAAUAAACGGAUCCAGGUUCUUUCUAACGGCUCUUUAUACAUCAGUGAGGUGGAAGGCAGGAGAGGAGAGCAGUCCGAUGAAGGAUUUUAUCAGUGCUUGGCAAUGAACAAAUAUGGAGCCAUUCUUAGUCAAAAAGCUCAUCUUACCUUAUCAACUAUUUCUGCAUUUGAAGUUCAGCCGAUUUCCACUGAGGUCCCUGAAGGUGGAGUUGCUAGAUUUGCAUGUAAAAUUUCAUCUAAUCCUCCUGCAGUUAUAACAUGGGAAUUUAAUCGGACAACUCUACCUAUAACUAUGGAUAGGAUAACUGCCCUACCAACAGGAGUAUUGCAGAUCUAUGAUGUUGGCCUAAAGGAUGCUGGGAAUUAUCGUUGUGUUGCUGCUGCUGUAGCUCACAGGCGCAAAAGUGUGGAGGCCUCUCUAACUGUGAUUCCAGCAAAGGAGUCUAAAUCCUUCUACACUCCAACCAUUAUAGCAGGUCCACAGAACAUAACAAUGUCUCUUCAUCAGACUGUUGUUUUAGAGUGUAUGGCCACAGGAAAUCCCAAACCAAUCAUUUCUUGGAGCCGUCUUGAUCACAAGUCCAUUGAUGUCUUUAAUACUCGGGUGCUUGGAAAUGGUAAUCUCAUGAUAUCUGAUGUCAAAUUACAACAUGCUGGAGUGUAUGUUUGUCGGGCCACUACCCCUGGCACACGCAACUUUACAGUUGCCAUGGCAACUUUAACUGUAUUAGCACCUCCUUCAUUUGUUGAAUGGCCAGAAAGUUUAACGAGGCCUCGAGCUGGCACUGCUCGAUUUGUUUGUCAGGCAGAAGGAAUCCCCUCACCCAAAAUGUCAUGGUURAAAAAUGGAAGGAAGAUACAUUCAAAUGGUAGAAUUAAAAUGUACAACAGUAAAUUGGUAAUUAAUCAGAUUAUUCCUGAAGAUGAUGCUAUUUAUCAGUGCAUGGCUGAGAAUAGCCAAGGAUCUAUUUUAUCUAGAGCCAGACUGACUGUAGUAAUGUCGGAAGAUAGACCCAGUGCUCCCUAUAAUGUGCAUGCUGAAACCAUGUCAAGUUCAGCCAUCCUUUUAGCUUGGGAGAGGCCACUUUAUAACUCAGACAAGGUCAUUGCUUAUUCCGUGCACUACAUGAAAGCAGAAGGUUUAAAUAAUGAAGAGUAUCAGGUAGUCCUUGGAAAUGAUACAACUCAUUAUAUUAUUGAUGACUUGGAGCCUGCCAGCAAUUAUACUUUCUACAUUGUGGCAUAUAUGCCAAUGGGAGCCAGCCAGAUGUCUGACCAUGUGACCCAGAAUACCCUAGAGGAUGUUCCCCUGAGGCCUCCUGAAAUUAGUUUGACAAGUCGAAGUCCCACUGACAUUCUCGUCUCCUGGCUGCCAAUCCCAGCCAAAUAUCGUCGGGGCCAAGUGGUGYUAUAUCGCUUGUCCUUCCGCCUAAGUACUGAGAAUUCCAUUCAAGUUCUAGAGCUCCCUGGGACCAUGCAUGAGUAUCUUUUGGAAGACCUGAAACCUGAUAGUGUCUAUCUUGUCCGGAUUACUGCUGCCACCCGUGUGGGGCUAGGAGAGUCAUCAGUGUGGACUUCACAUAGAACACCCAAAGCUACAAGUGUGAAAGCCCCUAAGUCUCCAGAGUUACAUUUGGAGCCUCUGAACUGUACCACCAUUUCUGUGAAGUGGCAGCAAGAUUCUGAAGACCCAGCAGUCAUUCAGGGCUACAAGCUGUUCUUCAAAGAGGAAGGGCAGCAGGAGAAUGGACCCAUUUUCUUAGAUACCAGUGAUCUUCUGUACACUCUCAGUGGCUUGGACCCCAGAAGAAAAUAUCAUGUGAGACUGCUGGCUUACAACAACAUAGAAGAUGGCUACCAGGCUGACCAGACCGUCAGCACACCUGGAUGCGUGUCUGUUCGAGAUCGCAUGGUCCCUCCUCCACCACCACCACACCAUCUCUAUGCGAAGGCUAACACCUCCUCUUCCAUCUUCCUGCACUGGAGGAGGCCAGCUUUCACCACCGCGCAAAUCAUUAACUACACCAUCCGCUGUAAYCCUGUUGGCCUACAGAAUGCUUCUUUGGUUCUGUAUCUGCAAACAUCAGAAACUCACAUGUUGGUUCAAGGUCUAGAACCAAACACUAAAUAUGAAUUUGCUGUUCGAUUGCAUGUGGAUCAGCUUUCCAGUCCUUGGAGCCCUGUAGUCUAUCAUUCCACACUUCCAGAAGCACCAGCAGGCCCACCAGUUGGAGUUAAAGUGACAUUAAUAGAGGAUGACACUGCCUUGGUUUCCUGGAAACCCCCUGAUGGCCCGGAGACAGUUGUGACACGCUAUACUAUCUUGUAUGCCUCCAGGAAGGCCUGGAUUGCAGGAGAGUGGCAGGUUCUACACCGAGAAGGGGCAAUAACUAUGGCAUUGCUAGAAAACCUGGUGGCAGGAAAUGUAUACAUUGUCAAGAUAUCAGCAUCCAAUGAGGUGGGAGAAGGACCCUUUUCAAAUUCUGUAGAGCUGGCAGUACUUCCCAAGGAAACUUCUGAAUCAAAUCAGAGGCCCAAGCGUUUGGAUUCUGCUGAUGCCAAAGUUUAUUCAGGCUAUUACCAUCUGGACCAGAAGUCAAUGACAGGCAUUGCCGUGGGUGUUGGCAUAGCCUUGACCUGCAUCCUCAUCUGUGUGCUCAUCUUGAUAUACCGAAGUAAAGCCAGGAAAUCAUCUGCUUCCAAGACAGCACAGAAUGGAACUCAACAGUUGUCUCGUACCAGUGCCUCCUUAGCUAGUGGAAAUGAAGUAGGAAAGAACCUGGAAAGAGCUGUAGAAAAUGAAGACUCCUUAAUGCCAAUGAUUAUGCCAAACAACUUCAUUGAUGCAAAGGGAGGAACUGACCUGAUAAUUAAUAGCUAUGGUCCAAUCAUUAAAAACAACUCUAAGAGAAAAUGGCUUUUUUUCCAAAACUCUAAGAAGAUAAAAGUUGAGCAGCCUCAAAGAAGAUUCACUCAAGCUGUCUGCUUUUACCAGCCAGGCACUACCGUGUUAAUCAGUGAUGAAGAUUCCCCCAGCUCCCUAGGYCAGACAGCCAGCUUCCCGAGACCCUUUGGUGUUGCAGCUGACACUGAGCAUUCAGCGAAUAGUGAAGGCAGCCAUGAGACUGGGGAUUCCGGAAGGUUCUCCCAUGAGUCCAAUGAUGAGAUACACCUGUCCUCCGUUAUAAGUACCACACCCCCAACCUCUGAUUCCCUUGCUGGCAGUGAUUCCGGUGGGGGGCCCCUGAUGAGGAAGUGUGAAGACCCCGCAGUGCCACAGGUUGCUGAGCAGACUUCCUCUUCAGCUCCACAGCCACCAUCUGCUGUACUGUGCUUUGAUAAAAAUGAGUUUCCAAUCUAGACAGCCAUGCUCAGGUAUUCUCAUCUAAAAGAAGUCUGUUCGAAGGACAAUGAACAGGGAGCCAAAGCCUUUUAUGAAAAUCUUGAUAUCUUAUUGGGUAUCUCAGCCUGUUUUGAAUGUCUUUUUUUUUUUUUUAACUCAUGUAUUUUGAAUGUUUUAUCGUCAGCAAUGUGAAAGAGGACAGUCAAGAUAUUUGACUAGAUUAUAAAAUAUAUAUCACUGGAGCAGAGGGAAGACUUUUAAAAGCCCCUUUGCUGAAUAUCUACCUCAGUUUGCCUAGUGGCAAACUCUGAAGACAACUUUGUCACCCCCUUGUUAUAGUUUGUCUCAGCUACAUAGCCAAUGAUACUUCCUAGUAGCAUUUUGUUUUCAUUGCUGUAUGUGUAAUGUAUGUGAUCAAAGGAGUCAUACAGGUAGAUGAGUAAGAAUGUUUAUCUGAAGCUCUGAUUUUUUUAA